GUGUCAGCUGCCCUGCAAAGUCUCCCAAAGACCACCUACUCCUCAGUGUGGCAGCAGGGGUAUACAAUGUUUGCCCAGAUCCUGAUGCUCUCCUGCCCUACAUCAUCAAGGAUAACCCAUUGCUGCCAGUUGUUUACAACCACAGGAUCAAGAUUAAUGUUAACACAGCAGAUCCAGAUAGGAUGUCAAACAGACCAUCUCAACGCUGCAGAGUUGAAGAGAGCACCAUGUGUUCAUGAGCGAUUUCCUGUUACCUCAGAGCUGAUGCAGGUGUGGAACCUGUGGGGUGGACUCAUCUACCUGGUAGCCCCACCCAAAACACAAGUGUACGGGGUAGAGGUCACAGUGAAGAUGGCUGUGCCUGCGCCGUACUAUAGAUCAGGUGUGACAACAGCAGCUGAUUGGUUGUUGUUGCGCACAGCCCCUUCACCCUGGGCAGAGUUGGAGUUUGACAACAUCAUCCUUACUGUACCAUCAGAUGUUGUUCGGGACCUAGAGCGCCCUGAUGAGCUGGCGGCACUCUGGGAUGACAUCAUGAAGGGCAUUGCAGAUCUUGCUGCCAUCCCACACAAAUUUCCUUGCAAAGAACGUUUUGUUACUGAUGUGCAGAUUUCCUGUGGUUGGAUGCAUUCAGGUUAUCCUAUCAUGGCACACAUGCCCACAGCAGCUGAGGUGGUCAACAUCAACUAUAUUAGGAGUGAAGGCAUGUGGGGCCCCAUACACGAGCUUGGACACAACCAACAGAGAAGCUGCUGGGAGUUCCCACCACACACCACAGAGUGUACAUGCAACCUGUGGUCAGUGUAUGUGCAUGAAGAGGUGCUGAGGAUCAACAGGGAACAGGUGGAGUAA